AUGUGGGUCACGGUGGGUUUCCUUUGCUGCCUGACCUUCGGAAGCCUGCCUUGGAUGCUCUGUUUUUGCCCUUCUCAAUGCAGCUGCUCGUUCUACAGCAUCAGUGAGAGGAUGAGAGCCAGGGCUAUUCUGUGCAAUGACCCGGAGAUGACCCUUACACCGGUCAAUUUCCCAGGAGAUACUUUCAAACUUAGGAUAGAAAAAACAGCAAUCCGAAGAGUUCCUGGGGAGUCUUUCCAUUCUCUUCACAACCUGGAGUUCCUCUGGAUGCCCUAUAAUGCCUUGACAAGCCUCCGGGUGACGAACUUUAGGGGCCUGUACCAGCUUCAGGAGCUCAGACUGGCUGGCAAUGUUCUGACUUCCUUUCCAUGGGAGACUCUUCCCAACAUGCCUCAGUUGAGACUGCUGGAUUUGCAUAAUAAUCAGAUUGCCUCCAUACCCUCUCACGCUGCUCAGUAUAUCCGGAACAUCACUUACCUUGACAUCUCAAGCAAUAAACUGAUGAUGCUCCCUCAAGAACUUAUUGUGCUGUGGUCGAAUCUCCAGGCUGUUCCAUACUUCCUGAACGACAACUCCAAGAUCAUCCUAGGCCUACAGGACAACCCGUGGACAUGUGACUGCAGCGUCUAUGAAAUGGCUCAUUUCCUCAACUUCCAGUCCCCCAACAUAGCCUUCAUCGAGCCAAAGCUGAGAUGCUUUAACCCUGAAAAGCAGACUAGACUCUUCUUCAGUCAAGUGGAACUAAGGAAGUGCCAGAGCCCAGUCGUGCACACCUCGGUGGCUAAAGUAAAGAGUAUCCUCGGAAGCACAGUUCUGCUGCGGUGUGGGACCACAGGGGUGCCCGUUCCAGAGCUGAGCUGGAGAAGAGCUGAUGGAAAACCGUUCAAUGGCACAGUCCAUCAAGAAAUUUCCAGUGAUGGAAUAAGGUGGUCUAUUUUAGAAUUAUCGGUGGUCUCUUACUUUGAUUCUGGAGAAUACAUCUGCAAGGCUGCAAACUUUCUUGGAGCCACGGAAGCUUUCAUCUCCUUGAUUGUCACCGAUUCUAAGAGCGUAGAUGACCCUGGGGCAGAUCUGAAAGGAGUGUGGAAAGGACACAUCAAGGGGAUAGAAACAGCAGCUUACAAGGACAAUUUGCUCGGAGGACACAGCAUGACAACUUCAACUUUCCCGACUUUGCGUAUCAUUUCAGGUCAGGCCAACACGGAGAGGAAUCUGGUGCUUCGGGAUCAGGCCCUAAAUAUGAAAAGCGACCCCAAAAUUAUCUUAGAAAGUCUGCCCGCUACUAACCAAGAAUCCCAAUGCCUAGUCAGGUCGGUCCGAGUAAUUGGAGAUAGUGAUCAUAGUGUCUCCUUAGCUUGGAAAGCUCCCCAAGCCAACACUAGUACCGAAUUCAGCAUCCUUUAUGCCAUCUUUGGAGAAAGGGACAUGCGCAGAAUCAACGUGGAGCCGAAGAAGACCAGGACCACCAUCAAUGGCUUAAUGCCCAAGACCAAGUACAUUGCGUGCAUUUGCGUGAAAGGACUCAUACCCAAGAAGGAACAAUGCAUCAUUUUCUCAACAGAUGAAGUUGCCAGCGCUGGUGGAACCCAAAAACUGAUCAACGUGGUGGUCAUCAGCGUGGCCUGCGUCAUUGCUGUCCCUCUCACCCUGGUGGUCUGUUGUGGGGCCCUGAAAAGACGCUGCAAAAAGUACUUGGUUCAGAAACCCAAGGACAUGCAGGACUCUUACGUCACUUUUGAAGCCCUCUCUCCAGGAACCAGAACGAAGGAGACAGAAGGAGAAUACUUGACUCACCACAUACCUGAUGAGUCUAAUAGGUUACUCUCUUCAAGGUCCAGCGUGGACUCUGAAGCAGUUGGAAAGGCAGAUGGACAGCUGAAUGAGUACUUCUGCUGA